UUGGUCCCCUUCCCCUUUCUUCCACAUUCCUAAGCCUUCAAAUAUAUAUGGCAAACCUUCCCAAGCUUUCUUCAACCUCUUUCUUCCUCUCAUUCAAAGUUGCUGACUUUUCUAUAUAUUCAAACUUUAUUAUUCUUCUUCUUUGACAGAUCUCUUCUCUUCCAAUUGUUAUAGAUAACCCCUCUUCUUUCUUCAUUCAAUACAUACAUAAAAGAUUACAAGAACAAAAAUAUAGCUUUUGGGUAACCUUAAAUCUUGAUUUAUUAGAUUUUUUCCCCCAAGGAAUGCAUAAUUUUUUCAUGUGUUUUUUUUUUUGGUCUGAUUUGUGACUUUUUAUUGGUCAGGCCGAAUCUUUUUUAUAGAAGGAAAAUACUUACAUCUAUGGGAGAAGCACCAGCUUUCUUUGCUGAUAGUGUUCCAAAUGGGGUUGAUUUGAAAUCAAAGGGACACAAAACGGCUAUUUGUAUCGACACUAAAAUUUAUGUGAUUGGUGGGGCUGAUCAUGAAUCGCCGUCGGUCAUUGGAGUUCGAAUCUUUGACAAAUCUAGUGGUGAAUGGAUAAACCCCACAGUACUAGGUGCUAAACCCAAGCUGUCAAAUGGCCACUCAGCCGUGCUUAUAAAUGUUGAUCGUAUAUUGGUCAUUAAGAGCAAUUCGAAUACUGAUGACUGCUUUUGGUUUCUUGAGGUGGGCACCCCAUUUAUAAAAGAACAGGAAAAGACACAUGGAAAUGAUGUGGUUGCCUGGAGUAAGGGAGUUUUAGGAAAUGUUGAGAAGCCUAUUGUCAUUAGUGGCCCUUCUGGAGUGGGGAAGGGUACUUUGAUAACUAAACUAAUGAAAGAGUUCCCAUCUAUGUUUGGAUUUUCUGUGAGCCACACAACCCGUGCACCAAGAGAAAAAGAGCAGAAUGGAUUUCAUUACCAUUUCAGUGACCGUAGUGUAAUGGAGAAAGACAUAAAGGAUGGGAAGUUUCUGGAGUUUGCUUCUGUUCAUGGUAAUCUUUAUGGUACCAGUGUUGAAGCUGUUGAGGUGGUUGCUGAUGCUGGCAAGAGAUGCAUCCUUGAUAUUGAUGUUCAAGGUGCAAGGUCUGUGAGGGCUAGCUCUCUUGAUGCUAUUUUCAUUUUUAUUUCUCCACCAUCAUUUGAAGAACUUGAGAAGCGCCUUCGUGAUAGGGCAACUGAGACUGAAGAGCAAAUCCAAAAGCGUCUCCGAAAUGCUAGGGCGGAACUAGAACAAGGAAAAUCAUCAGGUCUCUUUGAUCAUAUUUUGGUGAACGAUGACCUAGAAAGUUGUUAUGAGAAUCUUAAGAACAUCUUGGGUCUCACUGAAGGUGUGAAGACUGCUCCUAUAACAUAUCCAGAAUUAGUCGACUUGCCUGUUGAACAUUUAGUCUCAAAGAAUGAUCAGAAGAUUUUAAUUAACUGUGGUGCUGCAGAACAUCAAAAGGCAUCAGAUAACAUGUAUGUUCUGGAGUUGUCUUUGCUCAAAGGAGGGGCCCCAGGACGGACACGAGGACUAAACCUAUAUGUCACCAAUCCUUCAACUGAUCGCGUAAAUGGCGACAAUCAUCUGAGCUAACCUACCACCUUUGGUUUCAAUAAUUGUUUUUCACUUCUUACGUCUUUAGAGGGAUCGAGCCCUUCAAGAGAACCACGCUUCGACUACGUGAUAUCUUUCUUGGAUAGUUUGAACUAUUUAGUUCCUAAUACACGAUUAAAUGAAAAAUGGUUUCUAAUUGAUGCGGAAAUUGUAGGUUAGCAGCCUUAAACUAUUGAGAGCCUAAGAUAUGUAACUGUUCUACCCGAGGACUAUGUAGAGUAAGAAUGAGUAUGUUGGAUGGAAUUCUUUCAUCUUUUUCUCUAGUAUAUUCAUUUCUUUUUUCUUCUCUUA